AUUACUCAACAGAACAGAGUCGAGUCUGCCGCGACCAUAGACUGACGUGCGGUGGAAUUUGAUUUUUUAAUUUUUAUUUUUUUUAAUUCUCAUUGCAAAGGUCAAAAUGUCGCGCGCGUUGUUACAUUUAAGUGUAGCAUCACUAAAUACAUUCGUAAUGUGGUACGAUCAAACGUAUAUAACGUUUCCGUUUGCUGUUAAAGAGAUGGAAGGAUUUCCUUUGAAAUCGAGGAGCAUGUUUCUAACUAUAUGGUGUUUGAUUUUGCAAACAGUGUACCACUUCGUCGCAUUCCUGAAUGACGUCUUUGGAACGAACGCUCAGUCACCGAAAAAGACGCCUGUAAUCCGGCAAAUUAAAGACACCAUCUUCUCCCUUGCUUUCCCAACAGCAAUUUACGUGUCUAUCGCAUUUUGGAGCAUAUACGCCAUAGACAAGGAGCUUAUAUUCCCGGAAAGAAUUUCCAAAUUAUACCACCCAGCGCUCAAUCAUGUUAUGCAUACAACUGUGUCGUUAUUUAUUAUCAUUGAAUUGUUCACAUCAUACAGAAAUUAUCCCUCAAGAAAAGUGGGUUAUAUGGUAACAUUUUCUUUCUAUAUAUCGUAUUUAGUAUGGUUCUUUAUUGUCUAUGCCAAAACGGGUGCAUGGGUAUACCCUGUGUUCCAACCUUUGAAUUGGCCAAUGAGAUUUUUAUUCAUUAUCUUAAGUGUAAGUGGUGCUACUGGUUUAUACAUUUUGGGUGAGAAAAUUAACAAUCUUGUAUGUAAGACUCGUAAACAAAGUUAUACCAAUGGUACUAGCAAUGGUACGACAAAUGGUACGGCUAAGGCUAAGAAAAAAUCAUAAAACUACCUACAAUCAAUAAAAAAAUAUAAAAAUUAAGAA